AUGUUCACAUGGAACCGUGUACACUCCCAUGCCCUGGUCAAGGAGAGUACAAAAGAAGUCUUCUCCUUGGUAUUGCUCUGCACUGAUCGCAGACCAAUCUUCCUUCACUUUGGAAAGUAUAUUCGUGAUAGCAUGUCGCAAAUACCCUCGACUUAUGGCCGGCAUGAGACAGCGAAAGACCUUGAAGACGUCGAGAUUCGGGGACCUUACCGACUUGCUGAAGCAAAUGAAGACCCCACAACCUUUCUUCCGGUCGUCCUGAAGAAUGGUGACACCGCGCCAACCGCUGGCCUGCGCGUUGUCGACGAGAGAACCAAAGGUCACCUAUAUGUCGGAAUAACGAAUCUGACAGAACUUCCCCUCGUUUACGUCUUAUAUCAAACAGUCCCCGAAUUUUGGGGUGUUCUUCAGCCUGGCCAGCGAGCUUUCAGAUACCUUCAUUGGAUCAACACAUACAAUAUCGUUUGUUAUCCGUUUACUGGGAAUAACGAGCCCACUAUUCAUACCCAUCCACCUAAUCGCCUUGCUCCAAAUUAUGUGUCGCUCAUUGCUGCAGCGUCCAGCUACGCCUUCAGUCAUGGCGCUUCUGCCGCUGCAGCCGGAACGGCUCUCGCUGCCGUAGCGUCCAUCGUAAAGUCGCCCGUCACAUUCGGGCUGACUGCCGAGAGUACAGUUGCCCCAACGAUGUUGAACAAUCCGACUUUUUUGGCUGCUUUUAGCCGGGCUACUGCGCAGGUCCAUAGCGGCGAUCCAUUCAAAGCCAAUGGCCAAUGUUUUCACAUUGUUGGGGGCAUUCAGAGGGAUCAAACUUUUGGCGAAUGGCGGGAAAUGCAGAUGACCUGGCAGACGUAA